AUGGAUUAUACAGUCAAAACUGGAUUCCAUAUACAAGUCUCACUCUUCAUUGCACCCGAGAAAUUGGAAACGUUCUUUGCCGCGUUCAAGCCAGUCUAUGAUAAAACUAUAGCGGAACCUGAGUGUAUUGCUCUGGAUGUCUUUCAGCCCCCCGAUGACCCUGGCCAUAUACUUCUGGCUGAGACUUGGGAUGCCGACAUGGAUUGGUUCUUAAAGAAGAGAGCUAGUAGAGAGGAUUUCAAGGAGUAUUUUGCGAUCAUCGAGCCUCUAUUUGUCAAGCCUCGGGAAGUGAAGAUCUUCAAUCGACUUCUAGAGUUUCGCAAGCUUGAGCAAUGA